GGGAGAGUGAGAGGGGUAGGGGAGAGGGAGAGCCCAGGCCCAGGAGGCUGUUUACACUUCAACAUGAAUUUCUCCGAACUGUUUAAACAAUCGAACCAGUUAUGCAGACUGUCCCCUGAUGGAAGAUACUCGGCAGUUUGUGUCCAAUACCGACUGGUAAUCCGUGAUGUGCGCACCCUGCAGGUGCUGCACUUGUACACGUGCUUGGACCAGAUUCAGUAUGUUGAGUGGUCAGCAGACUCUCUCUUCCUCCUGUGCGCCAUGUACAAGCGUGGACUCGUCCAGGUCUGGUCCUUGGAGCAGCCUGAUUGGCACUGCAAGAUUGACGAGGGAUCUGCUGGCUUAGUGGCCUCGCGCUGGAGUCCAGAUGGACGUCACAUUCUCAAUACUACGGAGUUCCAUCUGAGAAUCACCGUCUGGUCGUUGUGCACCAAAUCAGUGUCUUAUAUCAAGUAUCCCAAAGCAUGCCAGCAUGGGAUGGACUUCACCAAGGAUGGCUGCUACAUGGCACUGGCAGAGAGACGGGACUGUAAGGAUUACAUCAGUAUCUUUGUGUGCAGUGAGCUGCAGCUGCUACGGCAUUUUGAAACGGAGACUCAGGAUCUAGCUGGUAUUGAAUUUUCACCCAAUGGCUGUGUGCUGGCAGUCUGGGAUUCCUGUUUGGAGUAUAAAGUACUCCUGUACUCAUUGGAUGGGCGCUUGCUAUCCACCUACAGUGCAUACGAGUGGUCUCUUGGUGUGAAAUCUGUUGCAUGGAGUCCAAGCAGUCAGUUUCUGGCUAUUGGCAGCUACGAUGAAAAGGUAAGAAUUUUAAGCCAUGUGACCUGGAGAAAGAUUGUGGAAUUGGAACAUCUCCCAACCAUCAAAGAUUCUAAAAGUGUUAUCUACAAGGAGGUUGAAAGUCGGCCAGACAUUGGCAGUGGUGUUUUGUCUUUACCCCCCCUCAUAACUGGAGCAAGUUCCUUGUUCAGCACAGAAAGUAAAUAUGAGAUUUGCCAGCCUCCUGUUCAAGUCCCUAUAGUGAAGCCUGAUCCAGAUAGAGCAAAUCCCAAAUUAGGUGUCGGGAUGAUUGCGUUCAGUCCCGACAACCGUUUCUUGGCAACCAGAAAUGAUAACAUGCCAAACACCGUGUGGAUAUGGGAUGUUCAGAAGCUGAAGCAAUACGUGGUUUUGGAGCAAAUAUCUGCAGUGAGAAACUUCCAGUGGGACCCACGCAGAACCCGUCUAGCCAUCUGUACCGGCAGCACCAAGGUGUACCUGUGGUCUCCUGCAGGAUGCCUGUCUGUGCAAGUACCAUCUGAAGGAACUUUCCAGGUUUUAUCAUUGCACUGGCAUCCCAGUGGAGACUCUCUAAUGCUGAUGAGUAAGGAUCAAAUGUGUGUGUGUUAUUUGGAAACUGCUGAUGAAAAUUAACUAUGCGCCAUGUGCAAAGAUCAUUGUGGACCGAGCAACAGUUCCAAUUCCUUUAAAAUAAAUUGAAAUUAAAUGUGAAAAUUGUGCUUUUACUGUUUUUAGAGAUAUUUGGUACCUAAGCUAUUCUUAAAAAUAAUUGCACAUAUUCAAUCAAACCAGUAAAUCUCAUUUCUAGACUGAAAUAUGUUUCUAACCUUAAAUUUGGAUCCCUUGCAAAAUGAUUAACAUUUCCCUAAUACAUGCUAAAUGCUAGCAUAUUCUAGUUAUUAACCAAGGAACAGAAGAACCAACUUGAACAAAACAAUCCCAAAUUGUGUAAUUGGUGUUGAAUUUGAUCUCUUGGUUGAGAAUUUGCAAUAAAAAGAUUUUGGAGCAUCUUGCGCAAGUGAAAGGCACAACGUAAAGAUGAUUUUUAUGAAACAUGACUUGUAUGUAGUUUUUCAAAGAUGCAAACUUUCCUUGAUUAGGGUCCUAUGCAACUCUUUUAAAUGAAAAUUACAGAACCUUUAUGUACCUUUCUGUGAUAGUAGUGCGUUUGUCUAUCUACGGGUUGUAACUGGAUGUUUGGCCGUGUCCUAUGACAUUGUUUCGAGAAAAAAAAUAUAUUUUUUAAUAUCUUGUUAUCAUAAAAGCUUCAUUGUGCAAUCUUGUUCUUAAAUUAUUAAGUCUUAACUUCUCCAAGUUGUUCAGUUCUUCAAGAUUUUGUGUUCCAUUCUGUGCUGCUACAGUACAUGAAUUGGUGUGAGGCCAUCAUGGAGACGGACUGUAGGCCAUUUUUGUUCCAUUGUCCUUCCUGGCUGCAUUGAACUGAUUGUACUGGGAAGCAACAGAGUGCAGUGGCCAGUGCCUAGUGCCCAGAAACAGACAUUCCUUUCCAUUUUCCAGCAGUAACCAUCACUGACAAUAUCGGCUUCAAUCUACUGCUUUAUUGGUGGUGGUGGGGGGGGGGGGGGGGGGGUCAGAGAGUUCCUACAUAGUACACCAUUUAACCAAGAUAUGUUCUUGGGUUUGUUAAUGGUAUAUUUUAAUUAUCACAUGUUUUAAGCAGUUAAGUUUGAAUAUUAUCUGCACAAACAUAUGCACUUGAGCUUGUUCACUGUUGUACUUUGAUUUGAAGUCUUUGCGUUGCAAGGAAAAUAAAUAUCAUCACGCCAAACAGAUUAAUACGUCAAGUGCACAAAUCUGGUCUUUUAAUUACUGUACACUUGGAGAUAUGAUUGCCCAAUAGGAGAUGCUGCGAAUCAUUGAAUCUUGUAUGUAAAUAUUUGUUGGAUUUGAUUUGUUUUCUAUUAAAAUUUACAAUUCUAUAUUUA